AUGUCUAAUGGUGGAGAAGAAAUGAGAUUCCGAGGCGUGAGAAAGAGGAAAUGGGGAAAAUAUGUAGCCGAGAUUCGAUCUGGAAAGAGAUCGCGCAUAUCGUUGGGGUCAUACUUCACUCCUGAAGCUGCAGCUCGCGCUUAUGACGCUGCGCUCUUGUGCCUCCGAGGACCUACCGCAACAUCUUUCAAUUUCCAAGACUUGCAGUUCAACUCGACUGCAUUGACGGCUGCACAGAGCAAUCCAUCACCGCAGGCUAUUCGAACAGCUGCGAUUGUGGUUGGCUCUGCCUGCGACGUCGUUCCUGCAAGAUACUUCCAUAAUAAUAACAAUGAAAUCUUUGAGGAGACCGCACCCAACGCUGAGAAAGAGAAGUCACCCGAAGGUGGAGAAACUACUAAUGAUCAAGGGAAUGCAUUGGUUGAGGAGAAAAUUGCAGGAGAAGAACAGCAGAUAUGUGAAUCAAGUGAUGUGCUCUUGUGCCUCCGAGGGUCCAACUCUUCGUCUUUCAAUUUUUCGGACUCACAGUUCAACUCAACUGCAUUGGAGAUGGACCCUCCACCCGACAUUAUUCAAACAACUGCCAUUGCGGCUGGGUCAGCGUUGGACUCUGUUCCUGCAAGAUUCCACAAUAAUGUGGAGGAUAGUGAGGACAAAGAAACCUUAACCCAUUUUGGCCAAGGCGUUAAUGAUCAAGGGAUUGCAGAUAGAGUGGAGGAAGAAGAAGAUAUGAGUGAGGUGGAUGAAGCAAAAUAUUUUCUACAGUCUCCGGAGGAAAUAUCUUAUGAGGACAGAGUUCAGAUGUCCCUACUGUUGCCUGAGGAGAAGGAGAUGAUGCAGCCUUCCAAUCCAUCUGAAAUCUUCACUGAUUUUCGUACAUUGGAUGAAGCCAUUUUCCAGGCGACGUCAGGAAACCCUCCUCAUUAA